GUUGCUUUUUGAGAUCUGUUGUGCCGUCGACAAAGUUACUGCGGCGGUGUUUAAAGUCGAAUUCGGUUUUAAAAAAACAAAACAAACAAACAAAACAAAACAAACAAACAACAAGUAUUGUUGAACGCAUAUCAGGUGUGAAGGUGUUCCUGCGGGGUCUAAGGCGCGGAGGCCAUGAGUCGAGUGCCCCUGCAGCAGCCACAGAGCUGCGGGUCCUGGGAGCUGAAGGAGCGGCUCGGCACCGGAGGCUUUGGGAACGUCACGAGAUGGCAAAACAAGGACACGGAGGAACAGAUCGCUAUAAAGCAGUGCCGACAGGAGCUGAGCGACAAAAACAAAGAGAGGUGGUCUCUGGAGAUCCAGAUCAUGAAGAGGUUGGAUCAUGUUAACGUGGUCGCAGCUAGAGAAGUUCCUGAGGGAAUGCAGAAACUUGUGGCCACUAACGACCUGCCGCUCCUGGCCAUGGAGUACUGUCAGGGUGGAGAUCUGAGAAAGUAUCUGAACGUCUUGGAGAACUGCUGUGGAAUGAGGGAGGGCUCCGUCUUGAUUCUCUUACGCGAUAUUUCUUCGGCUCUGACCUACCUCCACAAGAAGAGGAUCAUCCACAGAGAUUUGAAACCAGAAAACAUUGUUCUGCAGCAGGGAGAGAAGAGGCUGAUCCACAAGAUCAUAGAUCUGGGCUAUGCAAAAGAGUUGGACCAGAGCAGCCUUUGCACAUCGUUUGUGGGAACACUGCAGUACUUAGCUCCAGAGCUCAUUGAGAGGCAGAAGUACACGGUCACUGUGGACUACUGGAGCUUUGGGACUUUGGUGUUUGAGUGUAUCACAGGAUUUCGGCCUUUCUUACCAACGUGGCAGCCCGUUCCCUGGCACAAUAAACUCAGGCUGAAGCAAGACGAUGAUAUUGUUGUCUAUGAGGACCUCUCAGGGGAGGUUCGCUUCUCCAAACAUCUGCCCCAGCCCAACAACCUCAACAGUUUAUUGUUAGAGAAGAUGGAGAGGUGGCUGCAGCUGAUGCUAAAGUGGUCUCCUCAAGAGAGAGGCAAGGACACCAGUUCACCACCCAACAACUGCUUCUCCCAGCUGGAGCUCAUACUGCAGCUCAAGCUGGUUCACGUCCUGAACAUGAUGACUGCUAAGAUCCUGACGUACGCCAUCUCAGACGAUGAGACUGUGGCCAACCUGCAGCUGAGGAUAGAAAAGGACACCAACAUCCCCGCAGCCAAUCAGGAGCUGCUGCUGGAGGCCGGGUUAGCCUUGGAGCCUCACGGCCUGGCGACGCAGUGCGCCAUAGAUUACGCGGAGGUAGAUGGACGACGAACCGACUUGCCUCUGGUCUUCCUGUUAGAUCGCUCCUCUUGGACUUACGAACCCCAGUUUGCUCCACGAACGCUCCCUGAAAAUAUCCGUUUUGUCCAGACCGACCCUAAGCACGUUCUGGCCUACAGCCCUCUGAGGAGGACUUGCGGCCAGGCGUGGCACACCAUCCGCUCUCUGAAGGAGGACUGGCAAAGACUGCAGCAGGGCCAGAAAGCUGCCAUCAUGAGCCUGCUGAGACACAACUCGUCGCUGUCCAAGCAGAAGAACGAGAUGGUGUCUAUGCACCAGAGACUCAUGGCCAAACUGGACUUCUUCAUCACCAGCCUUCACAUAGACAUGGACAAGUACCAGGAGCAGACUGCCACCGGAAUCGCCUCAGAGAAGCUGCUCAGUGUGUGGAGAGAAAUGGAACAAACCGCUGUCAGCUGCGGCCAGGUCAACGUGAGUGAACUGGAGGAGGAGAUGAUGCGGCUGCAGCCAGACAUAGUGGAUGUGCAGAGGCAUCCGUGGAGGAGCGGCGAGGCCUUGGACACGCUAGAAGGAAAGGCCAUGGAGAUGUUCCGCAAACUCAGAGAGAAACCCAGAGACCAGAGGUGUUCAGGAGACAGUCAGGAGGUUGUGCGUCUGGUGGUUCAGGCUGUGCAGUUCUAUGAGAAGAAGCUCAGAGACUUCUAUGCGCACCUCAGUAAGACGGCGGUGUGUCGCCACCGCGUGAUGAAGCUGCUGCCGAAGGUGGAGGGCGUCGUGCAGAAAAUGGCAGAGAGCGAACAAGUCCUGAUGAGUCUGCAGGAGAGACGACAGAGGGAGCUGUGGAACCUGCUCAAAGUCGCCUGUAGUAAAGUUCGCAGCCCAGUGAGCGGGAGUCCUGAUGGAUUACGAACCCCGUCGUCAGUGCCUCCUCUGAUGACCCCCAGACACAGCUUACAGCAAGUUGAUGAGUCUCUUGUGGAGGAGAGCAGGACCUUCGAGAGUCGCCUCCAGAGUUUGCUGCACGACACCAUCCAGGAGUCAGAGAGCAGUAUGGAUAUGUUGAGGGAGUGGACGUGGCUGCAUGGAAGCCAAAAUUUCUCCAGUGACCUCUCUUAAACUAGGGCUCGCUCUUUGCUGGUACUCUACUGCCUCCGUGUGGAUGGGAGGUCAAACUACAGGGGGACGGAUUAUCAGGUUUCUUUUGGAUUGACAAUGUGAAUUGGGUCGCAGCUGCUGCCACAUAUCUGCUUAAUAAAAUUACAAACUCCUUUGUCUGACUUAGUACGACAGGAUGAAUGACACCAACCUGUAGUAGCAGUGUCUCUCUAAUUAAAAUUCAUCAGAGUGUGAUCUCAUGUAUUUACCACUCUGUAGCUUUUGCAGAACAUUUUGUGUAACAAUUGCUCUUCACUUGGUGCCGAUCAACUGUUCCACAGGUAUUGUUCAUAUCAGAUGAUCCUUAAUUAACAACAGGUUUACAAGUUCCCAGUAAAACUUUAUCUACCUACUUUCCUACAGUUUUUUGUUUGUGGAAAACUUUGCACAACUGGAUAUAAGUGUUAUCCUUAAAUUUACAUAUAAUUUGAUUCAUGUAAAUAAUUUUUGUUGUACCGAAAAUGUAAAGCAGGAAGCAACAAAAGAGGUGUUUGUCAGUUUUGGAACUGCAGCAUAUUUGUUCAACUGUGUCUCUUUUAACGUGCGCAUUCAUGCAAAUGAGUUGUCUGGACCAAUAUUUUUUAUUCCUUUUUUAUACUUUCCUGAGACAAUGAUUGAAAGACAUGGCUGACGUUUAUAACUGUAAAAUAACUGUUUGUUUAAUCUGAAUGUGAUCAUUUUUAGCAUCCUCUGUUGGUUUUAUGGACGAUGGACCCAGCGUCUGUAGAAUACAGUGCAGUCCAGGAUGUCUACAUUAAUUACAAGAGAAACGUUCAAUCUUAAAUACUUGUUCUUAGGUUUAUAACGGGAUAGAUGCUCUACAUCCUGAUUGAUAAUCAUAAAACACUGCAAAAAGAAAAAGAAUCAUACUUGUGGAUUUCUACCAAAAUUGUCAUUCGUUAUUUGUGAAUUUUGCUGCAUCAAUUAAUUAUUACACAGCUUCAACCUGACUGCCUUCACAUUUUGUCUCAAAACUGCACUUCUCGUUCCCAACUGAAUUCCGACUAUUGGGAGAUAGUAUUGUACAUAGAUUAUAUAACGCGAGUAAUGUUACAUAUUAAGUGUCGAGGCUGUUUGUACAGACUUAAUGCAAGAACUGUAAUGUUAGAAAAAAUUAAGUUUUUUUCUUAGACAUUUCUAUCACAAUUUGUAAAACAAAUUUCUAUUUUGUAUCUUGAAUAGAGUUUUAUAAUGUGCUCCAUUGGUGUUUUCUUUGAUUUAUUUCUGAAGGCACUGAUUCUUCUUUUUCUUUAGUGUUUCAUGUCGGUCAGAGGACAAUAAAAAUCAGAGAAAACACAA